GGCUGGGAAUGGGGCGGAUUGACGCCGGCGGCGUGGUCUGUUACGCACCCCAGGCCCGCCCCAGCCAUCACCGGCUCACCGCGCGUCAACCUGCUACUUCCGCCGCCCCACCCCAGUCCCCAGGGGAGGGCCACCGCCACGCGACUCAGUUCCUUUAUUCCAUCCGCUUUUCCACUUUUACCCUUGCGACGGACGGACCCAUCCCUUCGCCCAUGUUUCACUUGGCUCCCACUCCACUUCCGCUGCCGUGCCUCCGCUCCGCUCUCCCAUUCUGAAACGAAACCCCAAACCCCAGCAGGACCAAAACCACCGGGAGAUUCUGCAGAUCUGGGCACCAUGGUGGCCGCCGGGGCAGCAGCGGCCGCGCCCCGGCUGAACCCGUCGCCGUCGCCGCACCACCGCCGCGCCGCCUCCGCGCUCUCCCCGGCCAAGUCCAACGCCAACGCCAAAGCCGACGCCGACGCCGACGCCCGGCCCAAGGCCAAGGCCAAGGCCGUCUCCUCCCGCUACCUCCUCGGCCCCUCCUCCAAGUCCACCUCCACCUCCACUUCCACCUCCACCACCACCACCUCGAGCUCCAACUCGACCUCAACCUCGGCCUCCACACCCUCCCGCCGCUUCGCGUCGCCGCUUCCCAGGCGGUCAGUCUCCGUCGACCGCCCGCGCCCGGGCCCGGGCCCGGCGGGCAAUGCCGCCGCAGGAGAGGCCGCGGGGCCCAAUGCGGGCACCACCACCACCACGAGGAGCCUCUCCGUGGCGUUCCAGGGCCGGUCCUUCUCCUUCGAGACCAGCAAGGCGAAGCCUGCCACGUCCCCGUCGCCGGCGCGUCGGCCGGUGGCUUCGGUGGUGGGGGCCACCACGCCAGAGAGGAGGCGGCCUGGUGUGGGUGCAGUGCCGGAGAGGGGGAAGGGGUUUGACGGGGGCCAUAACCACCACAGGUGGCCAGUGUCGGCGAAGGUGUCACAGGGGUUUGAGGGGAAUUCGCUUACCAAGAGCUUGGACUGUUCUUUGCACAAGAGGGACGCGGCUGUCCUUUCAGCUGUCCGGUCGCUUCGGCAGUCCAUGGUGUUCGAAGAAGGGGUGCGGUGUUCUUCGUUUGAUGGUGGGGACUACUUGAUGUCGUCGGACACAGAUAGCGUAUCGUCAGGGAGCAAUUCUGGGUCACAGGAUGCAGGCAUUGGCGUCACCCACAGAGCACGCUUGUCGCCUAAGGGGAUGAGUGUGCCAGCUCGGUUCUUUCAGGAUGCAGCCACCAGCAGGUCACAUCGAUUUGCAGAUCCGGGCACACCAUACUUGACACAUAACUCUGGGUUGGCCACAUCUCCCAGGACAGCACCGGUCAAGAAAUCAUUGUUGAAUGGUUUUGUGUCGUCUUCGUCUCCACUGAAUAGGCCAAUCAGGCAACCUUCACCAAGUAAGCUUACGGGUAAUCCGUCGAGGAGGACGUCAAGCCCAUCUCGGGUGAGGAACUCUGUGGGGUCAAUCACAUCAUCUUGGGAUCAGCAGGGAAGAAGCUCAUCUGGUUAUGGGUUGGAUGGUGAAGUGAGGAGGAGGCGGCAUGGGGGCAGUAAGGCCGACCGUGAGCACCUAUUGAGAAUUUUAUCCAAUAGACAUUUGCAGUGGCGGUGUGUGAAUGCACAGGCUGAUGCUGCACUUGCUGCACAGAAGUUGACUGCAGAGAAAUACUUAUGUGAUGCAUGGAUUACUACCCUAGGGAUGCGUAAAUCUGUUGCUCUUAAGAGGUUCCAGCUACAGUUAUUCCGAAACAAUUGGAAACUCAUGACAGUUCUAAAGGGACAGAUGGCAUAUUUGGAAGAAUGGUCUUUAUUAGAGGGGGAGCAUGCUGAUUCUUUAUCUGGAAUUGUGGAAGCUCUAACUGCCACCAUUUUGUGCCUUCCUGUUACUGACGGAGCAAAGGCUGAUAUCCAAGAUGUGAAAAAUGCUGUUGCCUCUGCAGUAGAUAUCAUGCAAACAAUAGGAAAUUCAAUAUGUACUUUACUGUCUAAGCUAGCUGGAACAAGUAUUUUGGUUUCUGACCUUGCCAAAGUUGCUACUGAAGAGCGCACUUUAAUGGAGCAGUCUAGAGAAUUGCUGUCCACACUUGGAACAAUGCAUGUCAAAUACUGUAGCCUAGAAGGGCAGAGAGUACAGACAACUCAUAGGAGGUCCAAGCAUUCCUAGUUAGACUACUCUAACCCCACUAACUGAAGAAAGUAGGCGCAAUAGCAAAUUCUGGCGGCUUUGCUUGGUUCCCUCUGAGCAAUCGACUCUUCUGAAGAAGCUAUCUAGUCUAGUUCCAGUUGUCUUGGCAUGUUUGUGGUUGUCUAGUUCUGAUUGUUGAGUUGAUCUAUGCAAUGUGUAUAUAGGUGCAUUCUUUGUUUUUAGCUGAGAAUUAGGCCAAAUGCUAAUAGUUAGAUUGGGUUUCUUUUGUUCAUCAGAUGACCUCAUGACCGCCAGUGCAAUGCAAUAUAACUUCUAGUACUUUAGUUUC